AAAAAAAUAAAAAAAUGGUUGCGGUGCGUCUUCUCCCUCCUCGCUCUUUGGCAGAGUACAAUAAACAUUAAAACAGCUUUCUCUCUCCUCUUCUCCCAUUACUCCGAUCUGACUCUCUCUCUCUCUCUCUCUCUACUCAACCUCCCAUUGGCCGAGCUUGUUUUUGAUUCUCGGAAACCCUAAUAAUUCCUCUAACUUCGAAGCACUCAAAGUCAAAUCUCACAAACUGGUUCGGAUGGUGAAAGUGCCGGUAAAAAAACACAGCCAUGAUUAAAAUGAUGAACGGACGAAACGACGCCGUGACAGAAGAUAACGACGACUGUUUCUACGAGUCUCUCGAUCGCGUCCUCUCUUCCUGCUCUUGCUCGACUUCCAACUCAGACUACGACUCGGACAACAUCCCCGAUCCGAUCCACGAUCCGACUCCCUUCCCCCUCCCCUCCGGCUUCGAGCUGUGGAAAUCGGAGCCCGAAUCCGUCACCGAGAGACGAACCAGGCUCUUACGCGGAUUAGGACUCAGCGACGAGCCGGAUCUCCCUCCCGCGAGCCGCCACCGUAGAAAGUCCAUCUGCAGCUCUCAUUUCGCCAGAUCGGUUUCAUCAGACGUCCUUAUCUCAAAGCAUAAAGGCCAAUCCGAUAAUGGUAAGCUUCGAUCUCGCUCUUCUGUAAAUAAGCUCGAUGGUGUUGAUUUGGUGAGCAAAGAGUCGAUAGAGAAUGGCGGCGGAGAUGUUGUUCUGGAGGAGCAGAUGUGCACUAUUAGGAAUCUAGAUACAGGCAAAGAGUUUGUGGUGAAUGAAGUCAGAGAAGACGGAGUGUUGGAGAAGUUGAAGGAGGUAGGCACUGAUCGACAAUUGACUCUUGAGGAGUUUGAGAUGUGUGUUGGGACGUCGCCGAUAGUUCUUGAGCUGAUGAGGAGGCAGAAUGUUGAAGAUGUUUGUAAAGAGACUAUGGAUUUGAGUGGUACUGUAAGUGGAAGCAGAGUAACUAAGCAUAGACGGAGAGGGAGUUGGCUAAAGAGUAUAAAGAACGUUGCUAGUAGUGUGGCAGGGUACAAAGAGCGACGAAGUACUGAUGAUAGAGAUUCAUUGUCGGAGAGAGGAGGUCACAGGUUUAGCUCUGCAACUGAUGAUAGCAGAGAUAUGUUGUUUCAUGAUGACCCUGAGAGAGUUAAGGUUAGGCAGUAUGGGAAGUCGUGUAAAGAACUCACAGCGCUUUUCAAGAGCCAAGAGAUUCAAGCUCAUAAAGGGUCGAUUUGGUGCAUUAAGUUCAGUUUGGAUGGGAGGUAUCUUGCUACUGCUGGUGAGGAUUGUGUUAUUCAGAUUUGGAAAGUUUGUGAAUCGGAGAGAAAAGGGGAACUCUUGUCGGUGGAUAAACAGCAAGAGGAUGGUAGCAUAAAUUUGUUUCUUUUGGCAAAUGGGUCUCCAGAACCAGCUUCAAUGUCUCCGAUGAGAAGAGGGAGAACAUCUUUUAGCAGAAAAUCAGUGAGCUUGGACAAUGUUUUGGUUCCAGAAACAGUCUUUGGUCUUUCAGAGAAACCUGUGUGUUCGUUUGUAGGGCAUUUGGAUGAUGUACUUGAUCUUUCGUGGUCAAAAUCUCAGCACCUGCUUUCCUCUUCUAUGGACAAGACUGUUCGUCUAUGGGAUUUAUCUAGCAAAUCAUGUUUGAAAGUCUUCUCGCAUAGUGAUUUCGUGACUUGCAUCCAGUUUAACCCCGUGGAUGACAAUUACUUCAUCAGUGGAUCCUUAGAUGCAAAAGUUCGGAUAUGGAGUAUUCCUGAUCAUCAAGUUGUUGACUGGAAUGAUCUUCAUGAGAUGGUCACAGCUGCCUGCUAUACACCGGAUGGUCAGGGUGCAUUGGUUGGUUCAUACACGGGGACUUGUUGCUUAUUCAACACACAUGAUAACAAAUUGCAGCAGAGAAAGGAAAUCAAUCUGAAGAACAGGAAAAAGAAAUCCAGUCACAAGAAAAUCACUGGUUUUCAGUUUGUGGCGGGAAGUUCAUCGGAAGUACUUGUCACAUCUGCAGAUUCACGUACACGUGUUGUUGACGGUGUUGACCUUGUUCACAAGUUUAAAGGAUUUUGCAACACAAACAGCCAAAUCUCAGCCUCACUUACAUCAAACGGGAAGUUUUUAGUCUCAGCAAGCGGAGACUCUAAUGUAUAUGUAUGGAACUACGACUCAGACUCUCGUGCCGGAAGAAGCAAACGUGUCACAGUCACAAACUCAUACGAACACUUUUACUGUCGAGACGUCUCUGUAGCCGUACCUUGGCCUGGCAAAAUCAGUAACAACAACAGCCCUGUCGAGUCUCCCAUCACAGCCAAUAACCCUCCAACACCUGUCAACGAUCCAAUCAACAACAAAACCGUCACCAACGGUAUAAUUUCUAGCGCCACAAACCGAUACUUCUUCGAUAGAAUCUCGGCCACGUGGCCUGAGGAGAAACUUUUGCUGGCUGCAAAGAACCGAGCAAGAACUAGCCCUCGCGUGAGCGUGGACAUGUCUAAUGGACCAGUCAAAGCAAAACCGAGUGCUUCGGCUUGGUCUAUGGUGAUUGUGACUGGCGGUUUACGAGGCGAGAUUAGAAUAUUUCAGAAUUUUGGAUUACCGGUUCGUCUAUGAAGCCCAAUUAUGGAGAAAGUUUUACAAAUCAAAAAGCCCAAGGCAAAGUGAAUUUUUUUACUUAGUAAAAAAAUACCUUCUCUAGUCAAUAGUGUAUAGAUUGAGAGAAGGUUGGUUCUUCCAAUAACUCUCCUUUCUCAGCCUCUUUUAUUAUUUUUUCACAUAUAUUCUCUCUAAAAUUCAAAUCUCUAGCAGAUAUAAAUAUAUUUAUUCUAAAAGAAAAAUUAUAUACCACAGCAUUUUAUUUGUAUAUGAAUCAGGUAUAGAAAUGAGUAUGUUCCGUUCAUAUGGCAAUUCACACUUUGUAUUUGCUAUUAG